CUGCCGCUUGGCUACCCUCGAUGCAAGCUAUGGAAUACUCUCCGAAAGACAUCGAUAUCGAUGCCUUACUCAGCGAAACAUCUGUCUACGCGCGCGUCGAGCAUCUCCGCGCCGGUGUCACCCCCAGCGCUCACGCUACCGCGCGCCUCCUCUCCAUCGCCGACAAGCUUCAAUGCAUUUUAUACCAGCGUCAGCUCCUCUUCCACCGUGCUCCCCACAUCAUCAUCGACGGCACACCGACGCGGCGCAUCGAAAGAACUAUGCACAUCGAACACGCCUUGCGCAUGUGCCGCGCCGUCGUCGCCCCCGUUCGCCGCCUCCCUCGCGAGCUGCUGAUCAUGAUCUUUGAGUUGGCGCUUCCGUGGAAAUGGGAGGAGGCGUAUGCGACGCAGAUACUUCACUUCGCUAGCGUCUGCCACUACUGGCGUGAGGUCGCGACUGGUUAUGGGCGGUUUUGGUCAACUAUUCGGAUGCACCAGACCACCCCUGCUGGAGCGGUAGAAAACCGGAUCCGAUGGUCGAGCAAUAGCUCCCUCGAAGUCUCGCUCAUCCACCUUGACCCUCGUUCGCGGAAUGGGGCCCCAUGGAACGCGGCUGCCCUGCAUGUCUUGUUCUCCCAAUCGCAUCGCAUGCGCAGGUUAAGUCUGGCCCUAGGCAUGUUCUACCCGGACGUCAUCCAGGCCAUUGGGCAUUUCUGGCCCCGAGCGAUGCCCCAGCUGGAGGAACUGGAACUGGAGGUCUUUGAUAACCUGGCGGAGGCUGUUCGGGACUUCGCCAACCUCGCACCGAACCUCGUCGUUCUCCAGCUGGUCUGCGAGAAAGUCCCCGCGCCCAUCAGGUUCCCGCCAACAUGGAAGCUCACCAGCCUCAAAUUGCACUUGGUCGAGCAGGGGCAGUACCUGCACGAGGUUAUCGCAAAUAUCGCGGCGUGCGCGCCUACCUUGGAGUCCCUAGAUGUGUACGUGCUUGACGUUGGCGAGAUAGACGCGCAGUUCGCCACCAUCGUAUUCCCGAAUUUGCGGACCUUGACGCUGCGGUUCGACGCUUGCUAUCUGUGCCGCUAUGCCGUCGCCCCUCAAAUCGUCAACCUCAAGCUCGAACGCGAGGACCCGGGCAUGUCGGGGCAGGACGAAAGCGAGAUAGUGGCCUUGUUCAUCUUUCUUCAGCGCUCGGUGGGUUCCACUGGCUUUUGUCCUGUCAAAUCUCUCGAGCUCGUCGGCAUGACCCCCGCUCACCCUCAGCUGGUGAUUGACUGCCUUGAUCUCGCUCCCAAGCUCGAGCAUCUCGCAAUCCAGGACUCGGAUUUGUGCUUGGACCUAAUCGGAGAGGGCGACGAGGAGAAGCUCAUCAUCUCGCCAGAGCUGCUACGCGCGAUGACACGCUCCAGCGGAUCAGAUGACGCGUCGCAAAACAAGAUGCUACCGAAGCUCUCGACUCUGGGUGUGCUCCUCCAAUACGAAGAUGAAGAAGUGGAGAAGCUCCUGGACGACAUGAUCGCUUCUAGGGUGGCUGUGUCUGACUGGGACGACAUACGGCCUUUAGCAAGCUACAUGUUCUUUCCGUACUACUAUUACUGCAACACUAAGUGGUCUUAAGAGACGCCUCCCAGGAAUUACAUACGCUUGUGACGAAACGAUAUUUGAUGUCGA